UUCACUGUUCCUCUCUUCCUCCUCUCCUCACACUGAUCUGCUCUACAGAAAGCACCAUACCAUACAAAGAGCCCACAAACAUCCAAUUCCCGCGAAAAUCACCCAUAAUCAUGCCAUUCGGCCUCAAGAAAAGCGACAAGGGAGACGGCGAUCUCGACUCGAAGAAGGCCUCUCUCUUCGGCGGAAGAUCAAAGGCCUCCAAAGCCUCUGGAUCUCCAGCACCUGCUUCGAACAAUCCAUACGCCGCCGCUCCGCCCAGCAACGCAAACCCAUACGCUUCAGCACCCACAAACGACCCAUAUGGCAAAGACAUCAAGACUGAUCCAUAUGCGAAGAGUCAGAGCAGCUUCUCACAACCACCCACGAGCUCAUUCGGGAACCUGAGCCUGAACGGCGAUCGCGCUGCGCCUCCGAGUUAUGGCGCAGCCGGAGGGAGUGGACAGCCGUUUCGCAAUGACAAGAGCCCAGUGCCGCCUGGAGGAUAUGGAGGCGGACAGGCGAGAUACCCAGCACCUGGAAAUUCAUAUGGACAAACGGGAGGCUAUGGGAACAGCGAUCCAUAUGGAACUGGCAGCUCACAACAAGCAUCCCGCUAUGGGCCUUCAGGAUAUGGUGGGCUAGGGAGGAGCAACAGCCAAGACACAAUGAGCACAGACGCUGGUCGGAAUGCGCUCUUCGGCGAUGCGCCCACUCGUGCGCAGCAGUCACGGCCGGAUAUGCCGCCUCAGCAAGGCAGUGCAGGAGAAGCAGGUGAUGCGAGCUACAGCAACACAGGUGGCUACGAUUCGACGGAGAUGCCUGGAGGGUACGGGUCCGGUCCACCACGAGAACUCACAGCUGAAGAGCAGGAGGAUCAAGAUGUAGAGGCUAGCAAGCAGGAGAUCCGGUUCAUCAAGCAGCAAGAUGUGGCAUCUACCCGCAACGCCCGCCGUAUCGCCGAGCAGGCCGAAGCGACAGGUCGCGAGACACUUGCUCGUUUGGGUGCUCAAGGCGAGAGGAUCCACAACACAGAACGCAAUCUCGACAUGGCAUCCAAUCAGAACAGACUCGCGGAGGAGAAAGCUCGAGAACUCAAGACACUCAACAGGAGCAUGUUCGCUGUGCACGUUGCCAACCCAUUCACCGCCAAGAAGCGCGAGGAGGCCGCCAAUGCGAUCGCAUUGGAGAAACAUCAGCGCGAACGUGCGCAGAGGGAUGCCACGCGCGAGGAGGCGUAUGGCAGCACAGCGAGAGCGCAGCGCCAGCAAAGAGACAUCAAUGGCAAUGUCGUGCGAACAGCGCCGGGCGCAAACAGGAAUCUUGCGGAUCGGGCAAAGUAUCAGUUUGAGGCGGAUAGUGAGGACGACGAGAUGGAGAACGAGAUUGAUGAUAACUUGGACGCCAUUCACCGCGGAGCCAAAACGCUUAAUAUGCUGGGCAAGGCCAUGGGCGAGGAGAUUGACUCGCAGAACAAGCACAUUGAUCGUAUCAUUACGAAGACAGACAAGGUGGACGAUCAGAUUGCCGUCAACAGGGCGAGGUUGGAUCGCAUUAGGUAGACGAGCUCACUGGCAAUGUUGCUCUCUCACAUGACAUCUUUGGCGUUUGCAUGACCCGGGCAGCAUGGAUGCAUACCCGAUAAUGGAUUGGCCAAGUCCAAUACAGUGACU